UUUAGACAUAUAACAUGCAAUUCCACCUGGUAAGUAUCCCCAGUUCCCCACUGCUCCGUCCACCGACGCAGAUAAAAGGGAGAAUUCCUAAGCUGAACCCGAAUCAGUUCCCCAAAUUCAUAAAAAAUUUGGAGGAGAAGAUCACAAAUGGAUGAGUUGAGAUCUAAGUCAUAUAACGAGGAUCCAAGGGGACAAGUGGAAAAGUACAGCUAUGCCACUGAUGGAGGUAACGGUUACCGUUACAAGGAAGGAAGCUUAACCCCAAAUGGGCUUGGAGAUCUACGCUGUUAUAGUGCUUCAUAUGCAGCCAAUAACAACACUCGCAAGGAAGUCAAGUUCAACAAAGGCAAGUCAGUUUCUAAGAGUUGGAGUUUCAAUGACCCAGAGUUGCAGAGGAAGAAGAGGGUCGCUUCCUAUAAGGUUUACCUUGUUGAAGGAAAGGUUAAGGCAUCAGUUAAGAAGAGCUUUCGCUGGAUCAAAGACAGUUGUACCAAACUAGUUUAUGGCUGGAGGUGAUCCACCAUUCACUUAUAAUUUCAAGUAUGUUACACAUUGCUUCAGUAAUUUCUGUUUCCUUACAUAUUAUAUUUCCUUUGAUGAGCGAUUAACUACUUUGAAUGGGUAAAAUUACUGGCAAUUACUUUUGCAUUUCUA